UCCUCCCCCGCCCGCUGCGGAAUUUAUUUCCAGAGGGAGAGACGUAAUCAAAGAUCCUAUUGCUGUAGGAUCUUUGGACGUUAUCGUGAGGCAUAAGACAGGGAGGUGAUUUGAUGAAACGUCUAUUUCCCUCCCACAAAUAUUAAUGGCACUAUUUUUUUUAAUGAAAGGGAGUCAUUUAACCGCCCGCUGUCGUUCAGCGAGGAACGCCUAAACAUCAGGUUAAAAAAACUCGCAACGAUUCCACGAGAAGAAUAACAUCUGGCUGGAAAUACGCGACCUUAACCCCAAUUGAAAACAGGAGUCGUCCAAUUGCAAAGGAAUUGUGUGGCGAGUGAAUUUGGAGUGAGCUGAAACUGCGGAAGGGCGCGUUGACCUCGAAAGGCAACCGGGCUAAUUGAGUCGCUGCCGGUAAUGAGAGCUUCGUCUGUUUGUCAGCAAUAACAAUCAAAGAUUAUAGAGUGCAGAAAACAUACCAACAAACCUUGGCCGGAUUUCGUAAAGAUGCAAACAUGAAGGAUAUUGAUGUCAGAAUAGAAUAUGUAAUUCCCGAGCCUGGAUGUAAAACAGUGAAUAGAAAAUCCCCACGUUUGGAAACGCACAAAAAUCAAGGAGAAACACAGAAGAGAGAGUUGUGUGAAAAUGCUUUGGAAGCUGCAGGCCGGGUGGAAGGCCUGUCAUUGGAUGUUUCAACCCAUACCUCUGUACAGAUCAUGGAUGAAGAAAAACAGAAGGGAAAGUAUCACCAAUGUUUACACCUGUUAAAGCCCAUUCGCAGCUCUGCCAAACAAGAGCAUCCUGUGGACAAUGCGGGCUUCUUUUCCUUCAUGACAUUCAGUUGGAUGACAACUUUGGCAUUUACGGCUUAUAAAAAAGGGCAGCUUCUGUUGGAAGAUGUUUGGCCUUUGUCAAAAUAUGAAUCUUCUGAACUCAAUAGUAGAAGAUUAGAACGGCUGUGGCAAACAGAAUUGAAAGAAUGUGGCCAGGAAAAUGCCUCACUAAACAGAGUGAUUUGGAGGUUUUGCCAGACAAGGCUGGUCAUCUCUGUGAUCUGCUUGAUGGUUACAAUGGUGGCCGGCUUCUGCGGACCAGCUUUUCUUGUGAAACGUUUGCUGGAUUAUACAGCGUUGAAAGAGUCCAAUCUGCAGUAUGGCUUGCUGUUGAGUCUUGGGCUGUUUUUGACCGAAGUGGUCCGUUCCUGGUCGUUGGCAAUGACCUGGGCAUUGAACUACCGCACUGCUGCCAGGCUGAGAGGAGCUGCUCUUACCAUGGCAUUUGACAAAAUUCUGAAACUUAAGAACAUAAAGGAGAAAUCUCUGGGUGAGCUUGUCAAUAUUUGCACCAGUGAUGGACAGCGACUGUUCGAAGCUAUUGCAGUUGGAAGUUUGUUGGCAGGUGGACCCCUUGUAGCUAUUCUGGGAAUGAUUUACAAUGUCACAUUGCUGGGUCCCACUGCUUUCAUCGGUUCUAUGAUUUUUAUACUCUUCUAUCCAGCUAUGAUGAUCGUGUCCCGAAUGACGGUAUACUUCAGAAGGAAGUGUAUUUCUGUGACUGACAAACGUAUUCAAAGAAUGAAUGAAGUCAUCUCUUACAUAAAAUUUAUUAAAAUGUAUGCCUGGGUAAAGGCAUUUUCACAGAGCAUUCUCAAAAUCAGAGAGGAAGAACGGAAAAUCUUAGAAUAUGCUGGAUAUUUUCAAAGCAUCACCGUGGGUAUUGCUCCAGUUGUCGUGGUUAUAGCCAGUGUAAUGACUUUCUCUGCCCACAUGCUCUUGGGCUAUGAUCUUACUGCUGCUGAGGCUUUUACUGUGGUGACUGUUUUCAAUGCUAUGACUUUUUCCCUUAAAGUCACUCCAUUCUCCGUGAGAUCACUUUCUGAGGGAUCGGUGGCGGUGGAUAGAUUCAAAAGUUUAUUUCUAAUGGAAGAAUUUCACAUCAUAAGAAAAAAGCCAGAAUGUUCCCAAAUUGCCAUAGAACUGCAGAAUGCUACUCUGGCUUGGGACUCCCCAAACUCCAGUGUUCAGUCCUCACCUAAGAUGACGCCCAAACUGAAAAAGGACAAACGUGAAUUUAAAGGGAAAAAAGAAACAAAGAAAAUUCAACAGAAUGAACAAAAUGGUCCUUUAACUGAGCAGAAUGGAUGUCUUCUAACAAACAAUGAUGAACAGCCCAGCCCAGAUGAGAAGGACAUUUCUUUGAGCAAUCCAAGAUUACAGAGGGCACUGCACAAGAUCAAUCUUAGCAUUGAAAAGGGGAAGCUUGUUGGAAUCUGUGGCAGCGUGGGAUCUGGCAAAACGUCCCUGAUUUCUGCUGUUUUAGGCCAGAUGACCCUGAUGGAAGGAAGUAUUGCAGUUGAUGGAAAUUUUGCCUAUGUGGCUCAACAAGCAUGGAUUCAGAGUGCCACAAUUAGAGAGAAUAUUCUGUUUAACUACGCGUACAUUGAAGAAAGAUAUAAUAAUGUUCUUGCUGUGUGUUGCCUAAGGCCCGAUCUUGCAACAUUGCCUAAUGGAGAUAUGACACAGGUAGGCGAACGAGGGGCUAACUUAAGUGGAGGACAACGGCAGAGGAUAAGUUUGGCACGUGCUUUAUACAGUGACAGAAGUAUCUAUAUCUUGGAUGAUCCACUCAGUGCAUUAGAUGCUCAUGUUGGAAAUUACAUCUUUAAUAAUGUAAUUAAAAAGCAACUGAAUUUGAAGACUGUUCUCUUUAUCACCCACCAACUUCAGUAUUUGGUCAACUGUGAUGAAGUGGUGUUAAUGAAAGAUGGCUGUAUAACCGAGAGAGGUUCUCAUGAAGAGUUAAUGAUCUUGAAUGGGGAUUAUGCAGCAAUGUUCAAUAAUCUACAGUUGGGAGACACUCCGCAUAUUGAGGCAAACAACAAAAAAACCGCCAAUAGUUCCUUUAAGAAAGCCCAAGACAAAGGCCAGACUGGAUCAGUAAAGAAGGAAAGAAACACAAAUGAAGCCACAGAUCAGCUUGGACAAUCAGAGGAAAAAGGGAAAGGUUCUCUACCAUGGUCUGUAUAUGGAGUCUACAUCCAAGCAGCAGGAGGCCCACUGGCAUUUUUCUUUAUAAUGAUCCUUUUUAUAAUGAAUGUAGGAAGUGUUGCCUUUAACAACUGGUGGCUUAGCUAUUGGAUCAAAGCAGGAAGUGGGAAUAUGUCUUUGAUUAAAGAGAAUACAACUUAUGUGGUUCAGACUAUGAAGGACAAUCCACAUAUGCAUUACUAUGCAGGGAUCUAUGCAAUUUCAAUGGUAGCAAUUCUGAUCAUCAAGGCAGUGCGUGGCAUUGUAUUUGUUAAGGGAACACUCAAAGCUUCAUCCAGUCUUCAUGAUGAGCUCUUUCGCAAAAUCCUCAGGGGUCCCAUGAAAUUCUUUGACAUUACUCCUGCUGGCCGAAUACUCAAUAGAUUCUCAAAAGAUAUGGAUGAAGUGGAUACACGGCUUCCUUUACAAGCAGAAAUGCUUAUUCAAAACAUCAUCCUGGUGUUCUGCUGCAUUGGCGUCAUUGGUUCGGUCUUCCCAUGGUUUCUGGUUGCAUUUGGUCCUCUUGUCAUUCUUUUCAUUAUUCUCAACCAGGUGUCAAGGGUUUUCAUCAGAGAAUUGAAGCGUUUGGACAACAUCACUCAGUCUCCUUUCCUGUCACAUGUCACAUCCAGUAUCCAGGGGUUAACCACAAUCCAUGCCUACAACAAGACAGCAGAAUACCGACUCAGAUACCAAGAACUGCUGGAUACUAAUCAGGCUCCGUUCUUUUUGUUUACCUGUGCAAUGCGCUGGCUUGCUGUGCGACUGGACGUAGUCAGUAUUGUUCUUAUUGGGAUAACUGCAGUGAUAAUAGUUUUAAUGCAUGGUCAUAUUCCUCCAGCUUAUGCAGGACUUGCAAUUUCGUACGCUGUCCAGCUGACUGGUUUAUUUCAGUUUACUGUCCGACUUGCAUCUGAGACUGAGGCAAGGUUCACUUCUGUUGAAAGAAUUCAUCAUUAUGUAAAGAUUCUAGAAUUGGAAGCUUCAGCUCGCGUUAAGGAUAAAACUCCACCUGCUGACUGGCCUCAGCAUGGACAAAUAACAUUUGGAAAUGUAGAGAUGAGAUAUCGAGAGAAUCUACCUCUGGUGCUAAAGAAAGUGUCCUUCACUAUAAAACCUCAAGAAAAAAUUGGUAUAGUGGGGAGAACUGGAUCAGGAAAGUCAUCGCUAGGAAUAGCACUGUUUAGAUUGGUUGAACUCUCGGGUGGCUCAAUAGUCAUUGAUGGGGUGAACAUUACUGAAAUUGGUUUGGCUGAUCUUCGCAGUAAACUAUCCAUUAUUCCACAAGAACCUGUUUUAUUCACAGGUACCGUGAGAUAUAAUCUAGAUCCUUUCCAGCAGUACUCUGAGGAGCAGGUAUGGGAUGCACUGGAGAGAACACACAUGAAAGAAUGUAUUUCUCAACUGCCUUUGAAACUAGAAUCUGAAGUGGUGGAAAAUGGAGAGAAUUUUUCAGUUGGAGAAAGACAGCUAAUAUGUGUGGCAAGAGCACUACUACGAAGGUGUAAGAUUUUGGUAUUAGAUGAAGCUACAGCUGCCAUGGAUACAGAAACUGAUUCUUUGGUGCAAGAGACAAUCCGGGAAUCAUUUGCUGGCUGUACAAUGUUAACCAUUGCGCAUCGUUUGAAUGCAGUACUCACUUGUGAUCGUGUUAUGGUGUUAAGUCAGGGCCAGGUUCUGGAGUUUGAUAAGCCGUCUGUACUUCUUGCCAAUGAGAACUCAAGAUUUUGUGCAAUAUUUGCCGCUGCUGAAAAUAAAGUUGCUGUAAAGGGCUAAUACAAUCUACAGGAAUUUCUCCAGAAUCAAGUACUUGAUAACUGUGGCAGUUGCCUCCAUUUCUCUAUCCAGGGACAAUGCAACCUCAGUUGUUUUACAGCACCUUGCACCAUCCAUGUACAUUCGGAGUGCUUCUAGCGGCUCUGUCAAACCACCUUUCAUAUUUUCACAACAUAUGGAGUUAAUUAUCUUAACUUUAAAUGCACUUGUAGGGUUCAGAGAGCCUUAGAUAUUCUAUUGUUCCAUAUGCCUAUAGUCAAGCUUUACACAUUACAGAUCUAUAAAUCAGUACAUAGAAUAUUUGAAAUGCAUACUACAUGCUGUACUUUACUUUGUAUUCUAUUUUUGCACUAUUAAUAUUGUGCUUUAUUUUAUAUUCUAUCCUGUACAGUUUUGCACUGUAUCAGUCUGCUAUUUAACUGUGAGACAGUUGUUGAUGUCAAGCUAUAUUUCUAUAGAAUAAAGAGUGCAUCUAUUCAUAAAUCAACAGAUUAAAAUACAUGACUGUUUUAUCCAUACAGCAUUGAGUGUUGCUUGGGUAAUGGUAUUGAAUGGAUAUAUUUAAUAGAAUUCUGAUUUUAGAAUGGCACUAGUUUCUUUGAGUUUUUGUUAUUGAGUAAAAAUAUACCUCAGGUUCAACGUGCAUUUUACUGUAUGGUUUGCACUGUUGCCAAUUAUUGUCAAUUUGUACAGUGAGUAAAAAGUUACUUUCUGAAGUCCACAUGAAAGUGGUAAUUCCUGAUGCCAUAGAAGCUUGUUUUACCUGUCCAGACUAUUGUUGCAUGUAUUUGUCAGAGCCUUAGCAUGAUUUUGCAAACUAAGCAAACAUGCCUUGUCAAAUCUUUAAAUAUAAAUAAACUAUUUUCCGCCUAA